AUGUUUUCUCCCAGUGCAUAUAACGCGGCGUUUAAAGUGGCUUCUCGAGUUGCUUCCGCUCCCGCUGUGGCAUCUUCGGCUUUUUUGCAGAGUCUGCGGUUCAAAAGCACCAAACUCGGCGAGUUUGUUCCUUCUCCUCCCAAAUUGCCAAAGGAACAGCAGGCAGAGUUUGAGGCGCUACAGAAGCUUGCAAACUCGCAGGCGGCUAUCGACGAGUACAACAGGCAAAUCGAAGAGACCGGUGUGGCUUCGAGCGAUGUGGCCACACUGUCAAAGACAGAUAUUGGCACGCAUGCUCAGUAUUUCAAGACGAUUCCUGAGUUUGAGGGCGACGUGAAUCCUGUCACGGGUGAGCGGGGCGGCCCAAAGCAAGAUCCGUUGAGGCACAACGACUGGUCGUUCAACGGGCGCGUGACGGAUUUCUAG